GAGGUGGUAUCAGUCUCUUCGUUGGUUUCAUUUUCAGCAAAAAAAAGCAAGGAUGAGCGAGGUGGACAAGUCGCAGAUGAGCGAGGCCGAGCUCGCCCAGCACGAGAAGGAGGAGUUUGAGAAGGGCCCAUUGAGCGUCCUGACCAAGGCCGUGCGAUCGAACGCGCAGGUGUUUAUCAACUGCCGCAACAACAGGAAGCUGCUUGCUCGCGUCAAGGCAUUCGACCGCCACUUUAACAUGAUCCUCGAGGACGUCAGGGAGUUCUGGACCGAGGGCACGCGCGCCGGCAAGGGCAAGACCAAGUCAAAGCCAGUCAACAAGGAUCGGUUUAUCAGCAAGCUCUUCCUCCGCGGCGACAGCGUCAUUAUCAUCCUGCCAAACCCAAGCCAGGCCACUGCUCAAUGAUGAUCAAACUCCAGCACUCUUCGUGUUUGCAGUUUUGUUUUGGGCGGUCUUGUUUGGUUAAGUGAGGACGGAGGAUUGUUCGUUUUCGACCAAACCGUCUCGUUUUGGUGGCGCGCUGAGAUCCUCAGAGUGUCUAUUUCAAGGGCCUUUGUCGUGUUUCUCUCUGCGCUUGGGCGAAUUCGGUUGGCCAUCUCCCUCUUUCCUCCUCCUUGUCUCGUUUCCUAUUGCUUGUUGUUGUUGUUGUUGUUGUUGUUGUUGUUUUCUGUGAG